GUCAAUGGCAACCUAUACAACUUCCGUUUUAACAUAAUUUUAGGUUUAUUUUUGUUUACUUCAUCAUUUCAAUUAUUUACCCAAGAAACACCAAGUUAGCUGAUAGAUAUUUUUAUUUUAACAAUGUCAGGAUUAAGUAGAGAGUUGGUAAAAUGGCUUCAAAGUCUAGAUCUAACGUGGCAGAUAAAAACACCGAAAUGGGAUUUAACAAGUGGAUUUUUGGUAGCAGAGAUAUUUUCAUGGUAUUUUCCACAAGACAUUCAAAUGCACUCUUAUUACGAUAGCACAUCAUUAGAUCCAAAAAUGAAAAAUUGGACUCUUUUAAAAAAUUUUUUUAAAAGACGAAGGAUAGACAUACCAUGUGAAUAUAUAGAGGGUACAAUACACUGUAAGGAAGGGGCAUCAACUCUAUUAAUAGAACGAAUUUAUGAAAUACUAACAAACAGGCAAGUGAGAAAAUUACAAAAAGAUGAUUUACCAAAAACAGAAUUUACCGAUGAUGCGUAUCAGGUCAAAUUACCCCUUCAUGCCAGAUCAACCGCAUCAAAAGCCAUUAAAAAUAACCUUCGUAUUACAGAAAUCAUGGCAGAUCAGAACCUUAUACUCAAUGCACAAAAGGCCCAAAAAAUUAUAAACGAUCACGUUGAUCAUAGGAGAGAACAGAGAGAAGAUUAUCCAGACAGAUUUCACAUGAAGCCUUCCCCAGGUCAACUGUGUAUCCGUCGUCCUCCACCACAAAAUACAGCCACAGCCAUCAGUGAUUACAACGAAGAUAAUGAGUCUCCAGUAGCGAGAGAACAAGUUAAUGGUGAUGUAGAUAAUAUUGCAAGAGAAUCCAGUGUACAGUUUAAAGAAAUAGAUGUCAACCAAGUUGAUAAAUCAGCUUUCUAUAAUUUACCUAUACAGGGAUAUUAACUAAUAUUAUUAUCUUUUAUAUUAUAAAUAUCUGGGGCCUUGUAUAAUUAACCUAUUCAAGGAUACUAAAAUCAGGCACAGGUUUCACAAAGAAUUCUCAGACUUCAGCUAAGAAUUUACUUUCAAUCACUGUUUAUGAGAAAUAUCAUUGAUCCGGAAACACAAAACUUUGCACAUAGUUUCUUAUUGAUGUAAUUGAUACAUUAAAACAACAAAAGUUUUAUAGAGAGCUAUAUUUUAGUUAAAUUCUUAACUUAAGUCUGAGAAUGCUUUGUGAAAUCGGGGCUAGCAUAUUAUUAUUAUAAAUGUCUGAAGCCUUAUUCACAAAACAAUUUAAGGAUACAGCCAUUUCAUUGGUUGAGCGUUAAAAUACUUGUAAAAAAUUUAGCUGUUGGCCAAUGGAAGGGCAGAAUUUCUUUAAAAAAUGGUCCCUGGUUUCUGUGAUCACCUGACUUGGCUUUUAGGUCAUGUCUAAGCUACAUACUUUCGUGCUAUCAAAUGAACUUGAUGGAAUAUCGGAUAUGUUGUAGAACAAUUUGUUUCAUCAUCAAGAGUUCUUGUGGUAUUAUCAAUGUGUUUUAGAAUGAUUAUUUUUAUCUGUGAUUGUGUUUUCAUGUUAAAUAUAUUUAUCAUAGUUUUGUUAUUAUUUUCUACUUUCUGUAUAUAUGUACGUAAAACAUAAAACCACCUGAUGAAAUAAAGACAAAUAAAAACUUU